CGCCGCGCCAGCGACGGAAGUCCCAGCCGGGAAGCCAGCGAGGUCGGUUCCGCCCGGCUCUAACAUGGCGGCGCCCUUUGUCUGCUGUGAAGCGCUGCCCCCGGCCUUCUCGCGGCCGUGAUGCACCUCCAUCCGCGGUGGGGUUCGGGACAUGGCAGGUGAUGAGCUGGAGGAGGGGAGCCGAGCUGGAGUUCCUACAGGCACGCUGUCUGAGAAGAGAGCCCUCCCUCGGCUUUUUGGAGAUCUGAGCCAUGGAUUUCCCCCAGCACAGCCAGCGAGUCUUGGAGCAGCUGAACCAGCAGCGGCAACUGGGGCUCCUCUGCGACUGCACCUUUGUGGUGGACGGCGUUGACUUCAAGGCGCACAAGGCGGUGCUGGCGGCCUGCAGCGAGUACUUCAAGAUGCUCUUUGUAGACCAGAAGGACGUGGUGCACCUGGACAUCAGUAAUGCCGCAGGCCUGGGGCAGGUGCUGGAGUUCAUGUACACCGCCAGGCUGAGCCUCAGCCCGGAGAACGUGGACGAUGUUCUGGCCGUGGCCAGCUUCCUCCAGAUGCAGGACAUUAUCACAGCGUGUCACACGCUCAAGUCGCUCGCCGAGCCUGAGCCUGAGCCGAGCAGCGCGGCCGGGGAGAGCACAGGCACCUCGGCUGUGGAAGGAGGAGACAAGAGAGCCAGAGAAGAGAAGGCUGCCGCCGCCAUGCUGAGCAGGCUGGAGCAGGCAAGAAGCAGUUCAUCCCCAGGCCCAGGCCGAGAGCUCAAAGAGGAGCGCGGCGGGCAGGCAGAGAGUGCGGCCAGUGGUGCAGAACAAACGGAGAAGGCAGAUGCCCCCCGGGAGCCUCUGCCUGUGGAGCUCAAGCCGGAGGACCCCACGAGCGGCAUGGCUGCCGCAGAGGCCGAGGCCUUGUCAGAGGGCUCGGAGCAAGAAGUGGAAGUGGAGCCAGCCAGCAAAGGAGAAGAGGGGCAAGAGGAAGAGGGCGCAGGGCCUGCCUCCGUCAAAGAAGAGGGGGUGCAUCUGGAUAACGGGGAGCCUCCUGAGGAGAACGAAGAGUCUGCGGGCACAGACUCUGGGCAGGAGCUUGGCAUGGAGGGCCAGACCCUGCGCUCGGGCACCUACGGGGAUCGCACUGAGUCCAAGGCUUACGGCUCCAUCAUCCACAAGUGCGAGGACUGCGGAAAGGAGUUCACGCACACGGGGAACUUCAAGCGGCACAUCCGCAUCCACACGGGCGAGAAACCUUUCUCAUGCCGGGAGUGCAGCAAGGCUUUCUCGGACCCCGCAGCGUGCAAGGCUCACGAGAAGACACACAGCCCGUUGAAACCCUACGGGUGCGAGGAGUGUGGCAAGAGCUACAGGCUCAUCAGCCUCCUGAACCUGCACAAGAAGAGGCACUCGGGGGAGGCGCGCUACCGCUGCGGGGACUGUGGCAAGCUCUUCACCACCUCAGGCAACCUCAAGCGCCACCAGCUGGUACACAGUGGCCAGAAACCCUACCAGUGCGACUACUGUGGCCGCUCCUUCUCAGACCCCACCUCCAAGAUGCGCCACCUGGAGACCCACGACACCGACAAGGAGCACAAGUGUCCUCACUGCGACAAGAAGUUCAACCAGGUGGGGAACCUGAAGGCCCACUUGAAGAUCCACAUUGCCGACGGCCCUCUCAAGUGCCGGGAGUGCGGGAAGCAGUUCACCACCUCAGGGAACCUCAAGCGGCACCUGCGGAUCCACAGUGGGGAGAAGCCCUACGUGUGCACCCACUGUCAGCGGCAGUUCGCCGACCCAGGCGCGCUGCAGCGGCACGUCCGGAUCCACACGGGUGAGAAGCCGUGCCAGUGCGUGAUAUGUGGCAAGGCCUUCACCCAAGCCAGCUCCCUCAUCGCCCAUGUCCGCCAGCACACGGGGGAGAAGCCGUAUGUCUGCGAACGCUGUGGCAAGAGGUUUGUCCAGUCCAGCCAGUUGGCCAAUCACAUUCGUCACCAUGACAACAUCCGACCACACAAGUGCAGCGUGUGUAGCAAGGCCUUCGUGAAUGUGGGGGACCUGUCCAAGCACAUCAUCAUCCACACUGGAGAGAAGCCUUAUCUGUGUGACAAGUGUGGCCGCGGCUUCAACCGGGUAGACAACCUGCGUUCUCAUGUAAAGACCGUGCAUCAGGGCAAGGCAGGCAUCAAGAUCCUGGAGCCAGACGAGGGCGGUGAGGUCAGCGUGGUCACUGUGGAUGACAUGGUCACCCUGGCCACUGAGGCACUGGCAGCGACGGCGGUCACUCAGCUCACAGUGGUACCGGUGGGGGCCGCAGUGACAGCGGACGAAACGGAAGUGCUCAAAGCUGAGAUCAGCAAAGCUGUCAAGCAAGUGCAGGAAGAAGACCCCAACACUCACAUCCUCUACGCUUGUGACUCCUGCGGGGACAAGUUCCUGGACGCCAAUAGCCUCGCCCAGCACGUCCGGAUCCACACAGCCCAGGCCCUCGUCAUGUUCCAGACGGACGCGGACUUCUACCAGCAGUACGGGCCAGGCAGCACGUGGCCGGCAGGGCAGAUGCUGCAGGCUGGAGAGCUGGUCUUCCGUCCUAGGGAUGGGACUGAGGGCCAGCCCACGCUGGCAGAGACUCCACCCACAGCCCCGGAUUGCCUGCCACCCGCCGAGUGAGCAGGCCGCCUGACUGUUUAUUUAAGGAUGAUGGCACCCUAGGACUCGGAAGGUGCUCCUGCCCCCAUUCCCUAGAGAGAAUAAAGUUGAUUAUUUUCUAA